AACAAGUCGGGUCCCCCAGCAGGACGCAACAAGGACUCCGCGCCUGAGCCUGGGCCCUCGUGCGUGAUAUUAAAUUCAAAGGCCGUGAUCCUGCGCCGGGGGAGCAGCCUCGUGGCCUUGUUAUGCGGCCGCAAUAUUGAAGGCUGAAAAUAAAAUCAUGUCCGCCGGAACCACAGCAGGAGGCCCGGCGCACGAGAGCCUUUGGACUUUCCCUCCGCCCAGACCCAUGUAGUUUUUCCCUCCCCUCGCACUCCCCUUCCGCAGUGUAGGCACCUCCUUCGGCUCCUCGCAGGGACGCUUAGAGACACGGGUCCUUGGCAUGGGACGCCGCACGAGGCAUCGAGAGCGGAUGAGUUCCCGACGCGGCGAGAGAAACGACCCACGGAGCGAAAUCAGCGAGAGGGAUCGAUUCCCGGCGCAGCAUCCAGCAGGAGGCGUGAGAGGAGAGGCAGAUGGCGGGCCGGCCGAGUGAGAGGCGAGGGGAAGAUGUCACAUGAGGCGGGAUAACCAGACGGAAAUGGGCGAGCAAGGGAGGGAAUGGAGGAGCCUUUAAUCAGGGAAGGAUGAAAAGUGUCUGGAAUCAAUGGAGCGGAUAAUGUGGACAGGAAAAGGAGCUGACUGUUUUUAUUGCCUGGGAAUGAAGACUGGAUCUGAAGGAAUAGGGUGCUGACGAUGUAAGGAAUUCUUUGUGAAAGAGGAUGAUGGCUAGCUGAUAGAAGUGUUCCUCGGUAACUCAUUCGGGCUGUGCUGUGUUGUGAAAAUGUUUUCUUCGUGUGGAAUGUACUUAAAACCUGAUGAUAAAAACAACAUGUAAUAAAGAUAAAAUGUAAAUAGAUUUUAUGAAGCUAGAUAGUGUUCCCAUAGGCAUAAACUUACUUCUAAUCCUUUUAAUACAAACUGAUGAAUAAUACAAUUUUUAUUGAAAUCAUAUAGUUAUUCUCACGUUAAAAAUACACUGAUUCAUAAAUAAUCCAGAAAUACAGAUAAAUCUCUGAUAAUUUGAUGGCCAUUCAAUCAUCAAUUCUUCCGUACUAAUUUGAGGCCCGACCCCGCCCCGCCCCCCAAGUAGCCCUCCAAGAUGGGGAUGGACUCCGACCUGCACCAAAUCCCCGACAAGUUCCUCGGACAGAUCAUCCACAACCUCCAGUCCUUCCCCAACGAGACGGUCAACUUCGCCGAGCCGCAGCUGAGGAAGUCCCUGGCCAACAUCUAUCCCCUGUUCCUCGUGCUGUACAGCCUCCUGGUGGUGUUCGGCACCGUCGGGAACGUGGCCAUGAUCGCCUACAUCCUCAGGAGGCGGUUGUACAGGGACCCGACCUGCGCGUUCAUCAUGAACAUUGGAGUGUGCAACGUGAUCAUGAGCGUCCUCCUGCUGCCGCUCUCGCUCGCUAUCCUCCUCAUUCAGAACUGGAUCUUCGGAAGCUUCCUGUGUUAUUUCGUCCCCAUGUUGCAGGACGUGCCCAUCCACGCGUCGAUGGCGACCAUGGUCUUCAUCGCCGUCGACAGGUACCGCAUGAUCGUGUACCCUCUGAAGCCGCGAGUCCCGCCCUUCAUCGCCGUGCUGGCCGUGUGGGUGAUGUCCCUGUGCGUGGUGCUGCCCUACGCCGUCUACAUGAACUACAUCGACCUCCAGGUCCUGUUCGGCCGCCAGUUCAAGGGUGUCGGAAUCUGCACCGUCAACCUCGGAGACGAUAUCGCGGAAUAUACACGUGGUCUCUUCGUUGUGCUGUACGCCUUCCCGCUGGCUCUCAUCAUCUUCCUCCACGUCCGGAUAAGCGGCGAGAUGAAAGGCCGCGAGGUCCCCGUUAACAUGGUGGCGUUGGACAGCCGCUCGCGUGAAUCUCAGCAGGAUAUUUGGAGUGUCCAGGACACGCGGCCGCCCUCCAGCAUUUACCUGAACGACGUGGACGGGCGCGAUGGGUUCCUGAGCCACGAGGCCCACCAACUCCCCUCCUUCAUGUCCCCGACGCCCACGCUCAUGGGCGGCGGUGGGUCCCAGACGCCCACGAUGCUGCAUCCGAUGGAGGAGGCCGAGCUGGACCUCGCCAGGGAGAAGCGGAACCAGCGGUACAUCGCGACCAUCGUCACGGCCUUUGCGCUCUGCCUCUGCCCGCUCAUGAUCCUCAGACUCGUGAAGAACAUGGUGAUGGAGACCUACGACAACUCCGGCCACUUCGACAUCACCUUCAUCACCUUCGUCUGGAUCGCCUUCUUGCCCACCGUCACCACGCCCGCCCUCUUCGGCGCUUGGAAGAUCAGCAGGACCACGAAGGAGAGCUUCAGGGCUACCUUAACCUCGGGUCCCGCGGCCGCCGCUCUAACCACGCUCAAAAUUUCACACCCAUAUUCUAUUCCUGCCACGCCCGAGCUGCUCACCGCCUUUCCCUCGACCACGCCCUUGUGCCGACGUCCCCGCACACCCACUCAGCAGCCCACUCUAACAUGCAGGGGGUCCACACGCCCGUGUUUUCUCGCUCAGAGCAUCACCCGCGCCCUCACUCGCUCCCGCUCCAUACCUGAGGCCAGCCGAGCUUGCGAAGGCUUGGCCCAGCUGAGUACAAUCUAUAGAGACAAAUGCUCUCGCUUAACGUAAAUAGCGAGAAAAGCCAACGACGCGACGUGAAAAAUGCCCCGUCGCGAGUGGCUGCCCUGGUCGUGGAUAAAUGUUACUACAGGCUGAUCUUCUGUGAACAAAUGUGUUUUCUUAGACGGUCUUUGUGUCACGUAGGCUGUCUGUGCGCUAGUGUACAGAUCUAGAUGGCAGUCUUCUCAUCAAAGCAAAGUUGGCUUGUGAGGAUUGCAGAGCCGAGAGACUAGUGAUAUCAAUUCUUUUGGCGGCGUUCCUUUUCCUUCUUUAGGUUGAUAGCGUUCGAUGUGAUGCUUUGGUGUCGGAGGCGGUGGGAGCGAGGUCUUUGAUUCUCAUUAGAUUCAUAGAACAGGUGAAGAAGACUGACCCAGAUUGGUGCAGAAAAAAUAUACCUUCGAUAAGAUGUGAA